AUGACGUCCAACAGCCGGGAAAGCUCAGCAGGGGCCAGAGCGGCCGCGCGGGGCGGUCAGUCCCGGCGGCGGCGGCAGGAGGGCGCCGAGAGGGAGCCGAGGGCCCCGCGGACACGGAGACGGGCGGCGGCCGCCCAGGGGGCGCCCCAGGGGCUCCCCCAAGCGCCCGCGGCGCCGCCGCGCCUCGCGGGGCCGGACCCGGCACGGGCGCCGCCAUCUUCGGAACGCCCGCGGCACCGCCCCCCGCGGCGGCCGAGCCAAUGGCAACGCGCGAUGGGGCCGGAGCGGCCAAUGGCAACGUGCGCCGGGGAAGCCGGCUCGGCCAAUAGCAACGCGCGGACGGGAAGCCGGAGUGGCCAAUGGCAACGCGCGGAUGGAACUGGACCAGCCAAUGGCAACGCGCGAUGGGGCCGGAGCGGCCAAUGGCAACGCGCGGAUGGGACUGGACCAGCCAAUGGCAACGCGCGAUGGGGCCGGAGCGGCCAAUGGCAACGCGCGGACGGGAAGCCGGAGCGGCCAAGCCGGCGGGCGGGAACGAGCGGCUGCGGGGAGCGGGUCGCGCGCGCCUUCGGCCCCGGGCUGGUGCGGGUCCCGGGCAGGGGCGCUUCUGCCGUCUCCGCGGCCCGGGGGGGUCAGACCCAGGCCUGGCCCGUGCAGGGCGGGCAGGCCCCGUCUGGGGUCAGCGCUGCCCUCCCGGGCCCGCGUCGCCCACGGCCGCUGGCGUCGAAGGGUCGAGAAACAGAACCGGCCGUUUGGACGGACCGGGCAGCGGGGGCCCCGGGCCAGCCCCCCGGACUCCGAACCCGGACCUGGUACCGGGAUCACUCCCGGCGCCGCCUGGGGGCACCAGAUGGGCUCUGGGCCUAA